UUAAGGAUUCUAUCUGCUUUACGAUUUACCCUAGAAUUUUUCUGGGUUUAUGGUUUGUUUAGUGUGAUGUCUAGUAUUCAAGACAUGCACAAACUAUUUUUUCUUUCGAUAUUAUGUUGUAGGUAUUUUGAUGUCACGUGCUAAGGGCUAUGGAUCCUUACACCAAACUGUGUCUCGAGUGAGAGGGAUGUAUGAAGAAUUGACGGGUCUCAGUAAAGUGCUCGAGUCGCAAGAGAAAGUCGAAAUGAUUAAAACAGAUUUGCUGCGUUGGAGAUCGGAUCUGAAGACUCAACGACAAUCGCUUCGUGCAGUUCAAAAACAAAUACAACAGGCAAGAGACAAGCUGGAUGGUAUUUCCAGAACGGAUGAACGAUUUUUGGCUUUAGCAACUAAAGAAUAUGAAUUACUGAAACAAGAACAGGAAUCGAGUGGGAAAUGCAGUCAAUUGGAGCAACAAGAACGAGACGAAUUCAUGAAAUUGUAUGAAGCCGUGAGCGAGUCUCAUAGUCAGGAAAGAGCAUACACAAACAGAACUAAAUAUUGGUCUGUAAUUGGAUCGGUCACUGGAACGUUGAUUGGAGUGAUUGGAUCUUCGUUUUUGAAUUGGAGAAGAAACUCUCAGAUUCGUGACGUUGUCAGAGAACGAUCGGAUGAGAUCAAGUCUGAUACUAGAGAGCAAUUUAAGGAGCUGGAAUCAUUGCUGGACAAGAGAGAUGAAAAGACGAAUUCAAAGCUAAGUGAUGUUGGAAAAGAUAUUGAAUUUGUUCGAGUGGAAAUGACUAAGCAGUCUGAUUGUUUGAGUCGUGUUGGCGGAGACAAUGAGUUGAGAUCACAUCUGGACACACAGAAUUUUGGAACAUCUAGAGAAGCGUUUGUAGCUGGAAUGUUAUUAUGUGGUGCUGUAGGUGUACUGUUGACAAAACUAGGUUUGAUUUAAUUAAAAUCAACAAACAUG